GGUACCAGCUGUCUGGGCAGUGCUUGAGCUGCAGAAACUGGGACCAGCCCUCGGCAGACCACUGACUGGACCCACCCAGUGGCCUUCUCUGUAUUAGCAGCUUCUGCUGCUGCAUCAGGCACUUUCAGCUGCGACUCCCUGCAAGGUGGGGCACCCAUCUCAGGCAGGAGGUUUUCGUGUAUCCCACUGAUUCUACUCCCCAGGGCUUCGGCUGCCUGUGGCCUCAGGAUGAAAGGGGAGACGCCUGUGAACAGCACUAUGAGUAUUGGGCAAGCCCGCAAGAUGGUGGAACAGCUUAAGAUUGAGGCCAGCUUGUGCAGGAUAAAGGUGUCCAAGGCAGCAGCAGACCUGAUGACUUACUGUGAUGCCCACGCCUGUGAGGAUCCCCUCAUCACCCCUGUGCCCACUUCGGAGAACCCCUUCCGGGAGAAGAAGUUCUUCUGUGCCCUCCUCUGAGCUGCCAGGUCCCUCUCACAACUCACCUUAUCCUCUCCUGAGCCCUUCCUUAGGUCAGUAACUGUCAUCAGCCCUUGAGGGUCCCUUGCAUACUCUUCCUGGCCCUUGCCCAAACCUGUGAGGUUAUCUGAAGCACAAGGCCCUCCCCUCACCUAUCUGUCGACCCCACUUCCAUGCCCACCGGGGGCCCCUUUGCCCCUCCCACUACAGGGCCACCAGAUUCUUGCCAGAUUCCUGCCCGCUUCCUUCUGUGACCCACUCACACAUGGAGAGAGGGAUGGGCUGGGUGCUUGCUCCCAGUCUCACCUGGAGCUAUUGGAAGGGCAAAGCCAUUUGAAGAAUAAAAUCAUCCAUAGUCUCAGA